AUGAGCUCCCAGCGUUACCAACGGGUGAACGCCCAUGACGACGAGGAGGCGCCGCAGUCCCAUUCAUCGAUCCCUCACCGAUCCAGCUCCUUAACCCCCUCGUCUCCGCCCCCUUCAUUUCACUCUCGUUCUUCGUCUCCCUCGUCUCGACAUCUUCUCCGGGAUGAUCCUCACGGUAGCGAUGCCGACCAGACCCUCGCCGCAGCUUUUGGCGAUGAAAGCGACUCCGAAGCAGAUGACGAACCCGAUGACCGGCAGCGGCUAAUGCGGGCCCAACCCGAGCCCCAAUCAAUGUCGGAUAGCAACUCUGCCACGGGUGCAUCCUCGUCGGGGACCAGUACCCAGCAACCGUCCCAGGAAAGGCAGCGGGCCUCUGGGAUGCAAAGACGACAGACGAUCUUGCCGUCGUUUAGUCCUUCCAGCUCCGGCCCCGGUCGCAUGAUCAGUUCCUCCAACGACGGCGUCUUUGCGAAUUUGGCGGCCAAGCCGGAACGGGGGGAAAAGAAUGAGGAUAUGCCUCCGUCCUACGAGGAAGCCGCCGCCGAUGCCACACCUCCUUACUGGGAGACGACCAUUCUAGCGCCGGGGAUUUCGUCCGACGAGGUUUUUGUCGAUGGACUGCCGGUAGGAUCGGUGUUUUCGUUUGUUUGGAAUGCGAUGAUCUCGAUGUCGUUCCAACUGGUAGGGUUCUUGUUGACAUAUCUUCUGCACACCACGCAUGCGGCGAAGAAUGGAAGUCGGGCAGGUCUAGGCCUCACACUGGUGCAGUACGGGUUCUACAUGAAGGGCGGGAGUGAGUCGAGAGGGUCGGAUGAUAGCUCGGAUCAGUAUGUGACGCCUUCCGAUCCCAAUAACCACAACUUCGACCCGAGCUCGGUCAACGAAGGCGGCGAUAGCGGCGGCGGCAGCGGCGGUAUCAGCACGAGCGACUGGAUCUCGUACGUCUUGAUGAUUGUAGGGUGGUUUAUCCUGAUCCGAGCCAUUAGCGAUUUCCUGCGAGCGCGCCGACACGAACAGCUCGUAUUGCAGAGCCCGGACCGAGGCCUGGGGGUUCCGGUUGUUGCAGAAGGCGAGCGAUCGGAGACCGUCGUCUAA